GCACAGGAAAUGUUCAGUUGUUUAGUUUUGGUUAUCUUUAUUCUACACCCUUCUAUUCCACUCCAACAUCUGCAAUGUGCCACAGGGCCAGCAGUGACUGAGCAGGACAAGCCUUGAACAACAGGCAAACAAAUGGACCUCACCAUGGAGUGCUUGAACCACCUUCAGUAUCCAGCAUGGAUCUCCACACCAAAUUCCAUGUGGGAUGUGCAGGACUGGAUGAGGUAUCAAAGCUGUUGAUGGGUUUUCCUGCAUUUUCAAAGUACCAGAAACAAAUCUCAGCUGUACUCAGUGACCACAGCCUGGCUCCUUGGCCUGGAGGGGUAACAUGAUACUGCAAGUAUUGAAUGGAUCAUCUGGAGCUGUGGAGUCCUUGCAGAAGUCUGGGCCUCCUUUUUCUGAGCCAGUGCUGGACAAUGUUCUUCAUUCUGGAAGCCAGUGUUAGAAGUGUGAGCAGUUUUUGCUGGUCUCUCCCCUUCAAAGUGCUUGUCAGACCUGCCAGGAGCAAGGCUGGGGCUCAUUGAGGGUUGUUGCCCCUUUCAGGCUUGCUUUUGCUGGGCUGUUUUUGGGUACAGACCAUGGAAUCACAGCACCACUGAGCAGAGGGUUGUGCCUGUGUGCCCUGGGCCAUUGUCCUGAGUGAAUGUUUUAUGGUUGCUUAAAGAAUCACCAGCAAAGGUAUCAGCAAAAACAGGUUUAGUAUAGAAGUGGAAGUUCCACAAAGUUGUUGGCAUAGUUCACUCUAUUACUUACUAAGUGGUAAAAGCAAACUAACAUCUAAAACAAAUCAAUCUAAAUCCAAAAUCAAUCCAAAAAUUAUCUGCAUUGAGGCUGGGGAGGGGGGAAGGGUAAGGGUAGGAAAGGGCAACAAUAAAAGGAAACACAGGAUGAAUCACAAGGUUCAGAACAGACCCCAUUGCAAAACUGAGCCCCAGACUUGACCAACAGUUUAGGCCCAAAGGUUUAACAGCACUGAAAAGCAUAACUGUUAAGCUAUUGCUUAUGUUGAAGUUAAACAAUUUAACAAUUUCAUAUAGCAUUUACUUAAAAAUCUAAAGUACUUAAGAAUCUAGGAGAGCUACUUCCAUAGUAUGUUUGCUAUAGUGCAUUCCCACUUGCACACAGACCUUAAGGAGCCUGUACAAGGUACCUCUGGAAAAUUCCCCUUGUGUUCCUGGGAAUACUCACAUCAGAUGUCUUUGCUUCUUCUCAACAGGCAAAGGGUUGAGCCCCGAGGAAUGAUCAUAAUUCCUUUCCAUCCUGGCCACAAUUCAGGUCAGGGCUCUGUGCCAGGAGAUCCACACAGGAGAUCAAGGACUUGAAGGUGGAGCAUGUGGCAGAGAACAUCUGGACCAUGCAGGAGUCCCUUGACUUGGACAGGGGAACACUGUAAAAAGGGACACAUGUGACACAGGCUCCAGAACAAGGAGGAGGCCGAAGAAGGAGUCUGCAGUCUGUGCACCUCUUCUUCUUCUGCCUCCUCCUACCACCUCUGGCCACCUCUUGCCACCUCCUACCCUACCUGCUCCUCUCCGGAGCAAUGGAACAAGAGGCUCCUGUUAAUGGCAGUUCUGUGCUUUUGGACAAGGCAGCAGCAAUGGCAUCAUUCACUCUGGGGCAGAUUCUGGAGAUUGCCCUUGGCUCAUCAAAAUCUGGAGCCGUUGACUUUGAGCAACUGUACAACCUCCUGAACGGGCUGCUUUUGCACCUGGGCCUGCGGGAUCUGGCUGUCCAGGAGAAUGGGGAGCCACUGGAGGGGUCUGAGAGAAGCCCUUUCUCUGCUGCUUUCCUCGAGGAGUUAAUGCGGAGAGUGGAAGCCAAUGAAAAAGAUAUCACUGAGGUCAAGGCUCUGUGCCAGGACCUCCGUGAGGAGGUCAGUGUGAUGAAGAUGGAGCAGUCCCGCAUGAUGGAGGACAUGCAGAGGAUGCAGGAGGAGUUUGCCACGAACAUGGAUGAGCUCCGUACCCAGCUGCUGUCUAGCAUGGCAGAAAUGCUCCAGAACAAAAAAGGCUCCCGGGACGCGGAUACUCUCUCUGGCCUGUCACGGCCGCUGGAUGACGAAGACCUGAUUGUCAUCGGCAAUGAAAUUACCCUCGUGGAUAGAUCCGUAUCAAAGCUUGGGGACAUGCGGCCUGCCAGCCCUAUGCCCCCAAGAGGCAAGACACCGAGCAGAGGGAAGGGUUUGCUGGAGCCAAAUGCGAGCGGCCAACCGGGCCUCGAGGCAAAUGACAUGGGACAGAACGUGGGACGGAGUGACAUGGGACGGAGGGGCGUGGGAUGGGACACAGGACAGAGGGACACGGGACGGAGUGACAUGGGACGGAGGGGCAUGGGACUGGACACAGGACAGGACGUGGGACAGAGUGACAUGGGACAGAAUGGGGGACAGCAGAAGGUGAGACGAAAGGUGCAGUUGAGCGACACAGGACAGGAUGACAUGGGACACAUCAAGGAUGGAGAGAUCAAGAUGAGUACUUCCAAGGCAGAGACUCUUCCCAGCGACUUGGAUGUUCCUCCUGAGAUGAUUGAUGGGGGAGAGAUCAUGGAUGAAGAGAUGAAGAUAAGUGUUUCUAAGGCAGAGACUCUUCCCAGCGACCUGGAUGUUCCUCCUGAGAUGAUUGAUGGGGGAGAGAUCAUGGAUGAAGAGAUGAAGAUAAGUGUUUCUAAGGCAGAGACUCUUCCCAGCGACCUGGAUGUUCCUCCUGAGAUGAUUGAUGGGGGAGAGAUCAUGGAUAGAGACAUCAUGGAUGAAAAGAGGAAGAUGAGCAUGUCUAAGGCUCCUCCUGACGUUCAGAAAAAAGGUUUGGAUAGUGGUUUCACUGCCUCGGGAAUGCACCCAGGAGCCCCUGGCACCCACCCAUCAGUCCAGCAGGUGCAGCCAAUGCGAGGCCCCCCAGGAUCCCAGAAACUCUGGAUGCCAGACAAGAGUGUGGCUGGGACUAGCAGACACCCUCAGAUGCUGUCAUCGCCACCGCCGCAGUACCCCAGCUUCUCUGGGCACCUGCCCCGUGCUUUCAAGCGGCACCCUUGUGUUCCAGUACCGAGGCGCAGGGAUCUGGCACCCCCGGGCUAUUCCCGCAGAUCCCCACUGUACUCUGGGGGCAGACACACCACCACCUAUGCCGUGCAGCCCAUGGAGCCCCUCCUUCCAGACCCCAACAAGCCUGGUGUGUGUGAGCUGAUGGGCAAGGAUGGACUCUUGUACCGGGGCCGGACUCCCUAGGGCUGGAUUGAGCACCGACUCCAGCCUGCAGAAAUAAAGGGAGAUGAGCAGCCGAGCACCUGUGCCUUCUGAGUGGAGCAGGAUCUUCUCUUCGUGCACAGGGAGAGGAUGGCAGCAUCCCUCAUCUGAGAACAGCCCCUGUGAACCCCCUCCCAGGGCCUGUGUCAGCCCCAUGGUGUCGUGCACCCCUGGCCCUCACGAGCCCCACUUGUGCCCUGCCAGGGGAGCCUGUGGCCCCCAAAGGGGUCUGGGGCAGCAGGGGGAGGAGGAGCUCAUUUGUUGCUGGAGAAGGAGAAAAUGGGGACCUCAGUGGGAAGGGCAGCAGCAGAACAGAGUUUUAUGCCAAAAGCAAAUCCCACCCCAAGCCACUGGUUUGCUGUCACUUAUCCCCUGGGAUGAGCACCACUGAGCUGCCUUCCCCAUCUCCAGGUGAAGAAACCCCCUCUGUCACCCCCUUGUCCUUCUUGCAGCACUACCAUUGAUUGAAGGCACAAAUCCCUCUGCUCCCCACCUCCAACCAAUACACCACAACUCCUGGAGAGUGACAUGUCCCUUCCUUUCCCUUGUGCCACCCCCAAGGCUGGGGGCUGCUUCUCCCCAGGCCCCUGUGCCAUCCAUCCCUCACCGUGGAUGGGAGGAAGCCCCAGUGUGUGCUGAGACUGAACACAAGCUGUGUCAGGAGAGGGGGAUACCAGGCAGGGAAUUCCUGGAGCAGCAGGGGGGGACUGAGGGGUGUCACAGCUGGGGACACAUGGCUGUGUGCAGUGACACUUCCUGGGGGGACACAGAGCUGGUGGCACCUCUCAGUGAGUGGGAGGGUGAGAAACUCUGAGGGGAAUCCCAGAGGAACCUGGGGUGACCCAGAGCUUAUGGGGGACAUCCCCUGGGGCUGCCCUGUGGAAGCCCUGCCCUCCUGGUGGAUGUCCCCAUACCUUCCCCCCAGGGACAGCCUCCAUCCCUGUCUGCUCCACUGCACUCCACAGACAUCUUAGUUCCCAGGGAGUUCCCCCUGGAAUGUUCUCCCUGGUGGGUUUGGUUCUUCAGGGGACAACCAGGUGCUCAAAACCACUUUGGGGGUACUGAGGUGGACACAGCAGGAUCUGGGAUGCCCCCAGUGCCACCUCCUUUAAGAUAACUGGGAACACCCUAAGCAAACCGCGGGGCACCAGAGCAGAGCCAACAAAGAACCAUCCUGCACUCCUGGCUGGGGUUCAGUGGCUUAAAAACAAACAUCUUUGGGACCAGUUUGCAGGACAUGGCCCAGCUGGGGUCACCUCUUUGGUGCUCAUCAUCCCCCUGCCCCCAGGAUGCAGAUGCACCCUACAAACACCCCACCCCCUGUACCCCCUGAACACACCCCAGGCCUUGGGUGAUCUUUGGAGCAGGUAAGUAAUCCCAGGUGGGGGAUUUUUUUUGCCUUUUCUCCUUGGAGUUUGUGCCAUCCCGGGGACCUCCCCAUCCUGACAGGAAGCUUUGGACUGCCUUGAGCCUCCCUGUCUUUCCUGGCAUUCCCAGAGCUGCUGUCUUCCCAUUUUUGGUGUUUUACCCCAGCUGUUUGUUGUGUGAACACAGUGACCACAGGCCUGGUGAGCUCUGGCUGGUGACCCUUCUGCAGAGGGGGACAUUGUCCCCUCCCCAGGUGUCCCCACAGUGCUGAGGCCUGGGGGGGUCAUUACUGGGUGGGUGAUGGGGCUGGGGGGCCCAGGCUGCUGGGGGGUUUUUGCAAGCUGUGAGAUUUUGUGAGAGGACACACAGGGGUGUCAGCUGCACCCCCUGGCACAGGGGGCUCCUCACUGUGCUAGCACAGCACCCCCAUGGCCCUGGGUCUUCCCUUCCCUCUGACCCCUCCUCUUUGGGGACAGCAGUGGUGGCUUGUGGAGGCAGAGCAUGGACU